GUCCCUAACUAUUGUUAUUAUUACCCGUUUCUUUACAUUUUCCCAGCUUCUAAACACAGGCUACCUAUUUAUUAAGCCAACCUGUCGCAAUGUCGACACUGUCACCAAACCCUCCAACACCGAAAGGCCCUCGGAACAACCGGCGAAACUCGAAACGAAAUAUGACGCCCACUACACAAAAGGCCGGCCUGUUAACGACUCCUCCCUCUUCACCUCCAAGGAACAUAAGCCCGGGAGGAACAGCCACCGAUUCCUCUAUCAAUCCGUCUAAGAAGAAAACUGGCCGGUCUAACAAGAAGCCGCGAGACCUAUCCAAAGCCUCACCAGCGCAAAGAAGCGGCCAUCGCCACACAUCCUCGCAUUCAAACAAUAUCACCACGCCUCAGUUAAAAGAUAGCCCCCACUAUGCCGGUCCGACCUUCCAUGCCUCCCCAGCGCCCUCCGCCCUUCCGAUCCCAAGCUUUUUUUCAAAGUCGAUGCCAGAUUCCGAUCAUGCGCCGACAGGAGAAGCAGACAGCGAUAACUAUGAUGCUGGGCCGGAAUAUGAGACUACGCCCUCGAAGCCGAGGCCACGCCCUCAAUUUCGAAACGAAAAGCCAGAGUCGACACCCUUAGAUUUCCUUUUCAAGGCUGCAGUCGAGGCUAGAAAUUCUCAGUCGCAACACAGUCAUGAGGCAAGCGUCAAUAUACGCUCUCCACAAACUGAUUCCAAGACCCUGCCGCAACAGAAACCCAAUAACUCCGCAAAUGGGAUGUUCUCCUCGGAGAUGGAAAGCCCAGAAACCGGCGAGUCGCAGAUAGGGCCUUCUUUUGCGACAUCUUACAAAGAUCGCAUGAAUGCAUUGCGAUCCACUAGUUCUCCUUCUCCAUCCGCGGUGGAACUCGAUGAAGACCAACGAAGAGCUAAGACUGAGGCUCUGAAGAAUCUAUUACUCAACCCUCGUCCUCAAAGACCAUCGUCUGCGACAAAACUACCCUCGAACCAGACUGACAGUUUCAGCGAGCACCCUAAUGCUAGUGUCCCUCAUUUUGCAACUCCGCUUAGGACUAUGUCUGGCCCGCCAGCAACUCUUUCCCAUAACAUAUUCUCGCAGCAGAACCAGUCGACGGUUGGUGCUGGAUGGCAGUCACCACUUUCUAAUUCGUACACUAUCAACUCUCAGCCUUACCUGGGUCAAAACUCGGUCCUCAGGAAAGGGACACUCUCAUCAACCCCAGGCAACACGGCAAACAAUUCAGGAGGGUCGUUUUCUCCCACGGUGUACGACCAGUCGAAAUUCACAGUCAAUCCUGUGCAGGCGCCAAACUACCCACCUGUUCAUCACCAGUCGCCUGCAUCGCAAAGCAUUCCCCCGAACGCGCCCAGCAAGGCUCUCGACGCCAAGAAGAUCGAAGAUGAUCUGCGGAGGAUUUUGAAACUUGAUGUGAACCCAGGUCUACCGCCCAGCGGUAUCCAAAGUUCAUACGCAUGAAGUCACUCUCUUGCGUUCUCUUUUUGCUUUGGUCGUUUUUCUUGUAAUUCCUGACGUUCUACAUAACGCUCGGUUUAGCAACUGUUGCUCUUCUGCUUGGCUCUCAUUACCAUUUCCGAUGAUGCUUAUGUCACGGCCUUUGGGCUCUUUUCUUCUAGCUUUUUGUUCCUGCAGUCACUCAUUUUUAUGACUAUAUUCUGGGUGCCUU